AUGAGAGCCGUUCAGAUAUUGGGAGACGCUUCGUCCCCUAGAAUCACGACAAACAGUUCCGUGGCCACUCCGGUCCCCAAGGGCGCCGAAAUUCUGGUUCGAGUUCUCGCCGCUGGAGUCACCGGUGACGAGGUCACAUGGUUCGAAGAUUACUCGGCGCCUCGAAUUCCUGGACAUGAGGUCUCGGGCAUCAUUGAAGCUCUGGGUCCCGAGUACGGCGGUCCUUUUGAGGUUGGCCAGGAAGUUGUCGCCCUCCUCACAGCGGCAAGUCAUGGCCAAGGUCAAGCGGAUUACACUGUGAGCUUUGCCGAAGAACUCUCCCUCAAGCCUCCCGCGAUUACACACGCCGAAGCCGCCGCACUACCCAUCCCGCUUCUCACGGCCUGGCAGGCGAUUGUGGAUCACGGGAAACUUGCGGCUGGCAUGACGGUCCUCGUCACAGGAGCGUCCGGCGCGGUCGGGACGUUGGCGGUGCAGCUGGCGCAGAAACUGGGAGUAGUUGGCGGCGCCAACGCCGGCCCCAAGGUGAUUGCUCUGGCUUCAUCCAGGAAUCACGACCGUCUAAAACAACAGUUUGGAGUACACGAGGUGCACGACUACGACACUCCCGGCUGGGAAGGCAACAUCAAGGAUGUGGACCUGGUUUUUGACACUGUCGGCGGAGACGUCUUGACCAAGACCUGGGAAACCGUCAAGAGCAAUGGAACCAUCGUCACUGUUGGCGAUCCGGCCCCAGAAUGGGCCGACGGAAAGGUCAAACCUAAAGAGUCCGUCAGCCAUCCAGAAGUGCGUCCUGUAUAUUUUAUCGUAAGGCCAGACUCACACAGGCUGAGCCAGGCUCUGGAAAUGGUCGGCGAGGGUGCCAUCAAACCAUUGGAGGUGGAGUCGUUCCCCUUUGAAAAGGCAGAACUGGCCUGGGAGCGUGCCAGACAGAGAAGACGGAACAAGAAGGUUGUGAUUACGUUUGAUACUCAAUAA